GUAGUAUCCUUUCAUCAUAAUUUUGUUUUGGCAUUUAUUGCAGAUUGUCAGCAACUAUUAGACUUCGAAGGGGGUUCACAGGAAAAUUGCCUGGUACGUUCACCAGAAAACAGAGGGACAAUAACAUUCUCAACGUCGGUAGCUAAGCUCGGCUCAAGGUCACUGAGAUGGGAAUCUGGCACCACAGGGAAAUCGAAGUUGAGGUACACCAGGCCCCGAUCUGCCCGCAUCAGAGGAAGUGAACUAAGCCGAGGAGGUGUGAAGAUGUGGAUCUACAAAGAGACUCCCUCACCCGGAAGGAGCAUGCAAGUUAGAUUUAGAGAUACUGCUCGGAACAACCAAGUUGGAUCAUUUGAUAUUAAAUUGGGAUUUAAGGGAUGGCGAGGAAUAUGGGUGUCCUAUGGAGAAUGCAAACGUUACUCUCAUAGCCUCGACUCUCCCGCUGCAAUUUAUAGAGUCGAUUUUGUUUUGGGACAUCAUGACACAGUUCAUAUCGAUAUGCUUGAAUUCGUGGGAGGAAUGUCGAUGCAGUCUCGCGACAAAAUAGUUCCACCCUUCACAAGAUUCGGCUCACGAUACGACUCGAGCAACUUCUGGCAGCAAAGCUACCGUUGGAGUCGGCGAGCUCCGACUGCCCUUCCGGAAACGGUGGUUGCUUCAAAGUCCUUGAGUCUCACUCACAUCGAGAGUCGCUUGAAAAACUGGUAUUGCGACGAGAGGGAAACCACCUAUGACUUCUCUGGAGAAACCAAGAAGCGUUGGGAUAAACUGGUGAGGAGCAUUGACGCUGCAUAUCUGGAAUACGAUAGACUUGUAUUUAGGACGCUAGACUCAGGGAAGAAAGUGAUAGCCGGGCCUCCUUUGUUUUGUCGUGGUUGUGAUAGGGGAACACGAGCGUAUUCCAAGAAAGAUCCAACAAGAAAGUUCAGCUUCGUCCAAAUGCGUAUCAUGCUUCCUUUGGCGAUAGAGUUUUAUCUUAAAUCCCGCGACGAAGAAAUUUCCCGAACUGUGACAGAAGAAACUCCUGAACUAAGUUCUACUAACAAAGUCGAUGUGGACAGUGCCAUUGAAAGGAUUUGUGGAAACAACGCAAACAGGCAGAAAGUGUUCCGCGAGUACCUUGAAAGUUUGACGAAACCUUACACAAAGGACCAAAUACGCAAAAUAUUGAAUGACGAAAAUAAAAAACGCCUUGAGAGAAUAAUUAAACUGCUUGACUACAUUGAAGACCAAGGAUGGGCUGAUGGAAGUGCAAUAGGCUCCCUGGAUCAUGAAAUGAACCGUGGUGGUGCUGGGUACAUGCACACUCUUUUCUUGCUGAAAGACACUUUGCACGGGGACGCUAAAUACAGAUCAAGACUUUUAAACCUAAUAAACACUGCCAAGUGGUACAAUGAUUUUGGUGAAGUUUACCAAUCGACGUUCGAGUUUAGUGGAACUACGGCUGACAGAAUGAUUACAAUAAUGUUGUUUCGGCUCAUGAUUGUGUUGAUAAUGCCUGCUAAGUCGGAUAUGGAAAUAAAGGAAAGGCAGAGGGAUAUGGAUGCUUUGAAAAGGUGGAUGGAUAACGCCCUGAGUAUUAACAAAGCCUUCGGUGGAGUCAUUAAACCUGAUUAUACUGGCUUUCAUCACAAGACAUUCUACGCAUCUGCGUAUGCCCCACACGCAUAUCAUACAGCUGCGCAAGUGCAAUACCUCUUGGAAGGAACAGAUUUUGCUCUGUCAGAUGAGUCGAAACGAAAUUUACUGGAAGCCCUUGAAACAAUGAGGCUAGUAGCAGUUAAGUAUUCAACACCAAACAGUGUCGGAGGACGCAUUGUAGACUAUUCUAAAAAGAUUUUGGUAAAAAUUCUCCCAGCAUACGCUUACAUCAGUGUUUCUCAUCCAUCUGGGCCACUGGCAUCAACCCCAGCCAAAGAAGUCACAGUGCCUGCUGUUAGGAACGUUGGAAUGUUUUUACGUUUGUACCAGCCUACUGACGAAUCUAUUAAAAUGUAUUUGGAAGAUGGAACGGUUAGCAGGGGAAAAUCAUAUAUGAACAGCCUUGGAUCACUGAAAAUUAUGUCGACCGUAAGUUUGUUAACUGAACCGUGCUGAAUGCCUAUACAUAAAGUUGCUUACCUCAGUAUUUUUAUGAAUUUUAAUCAGAUUUUUGUCAAGUGGAACGAAAUAUAUUCCUAGAAGGAAAACAGCAAAAAGGUUUUGGAUACGUUAGACCCUUUUAGGAACACCGUGAUUGUGCUCAUUGAAAAAGGGAAUUUUUAGAAAAACCCGCAAUUCCAAUGUGAGAUUUCGUCGAAAUUGGGUUUUAAAUAAAAAGCUUAUUUUGUUUGUGCCUGCGUAACAAUGCAAUAAUAAUUAUGUUGCUGCCUAACGUCCUGCAAUUCGCACAAUACACCACUUUGCUGUUACUUGUAACCUUCCUUCCUACAAUAAAACAUUGCACUGUAACCCUUUAAAGAAAGGACGAGGGACUAAAAUUCUAGAAAAAAAACUUAAGGAAGAAUGUUAGGAUAAUUUUUUUCGAGAAAUGUAGUCUUGCCCUUUUAUUAACUAUGGUGUUUUUUUUCUUGUAUUUAUAUAAUUUCACCAAGUGUUUGAUGCAGUCUAAUGUAUUAAAUUUGGGCAACUUUGCUGAUUUUAUUAUAUGUUUUCUCGAACAUAGGUCUUUUCUAAAGGUACAUCUCCUGAGCCCUCCCCUGAAGGUCACUGGUCCAAGAACUUUGCUGCUCUCUCAAUUCAUCGUCGUAAAGACUGGGCAGUGACGAUAAAAGGCUUUAACCGGUUUGUCUGGGACUUUGAGGGAUCUACAAAGAUCAAAAAACCUGAAAAUGUUUAUGGUACCUAUCAGAGUCAUGGUUCAAUGCUGAUAGCGAACAGCGAAGAAGCAUUGAAGGCUCACGAUAUAAACAAUGGAUGGGAUUGGACAAAAAUACCUGGAGCCACAACAAUGUCCCUGACUCUCACUCAGACGAGGCUGAGUAAGGCAAGAAACUUCAGUCCACGCUCUUCUGCUGGAGGAGUUACCUACAGAGGACCAGAGCCUUUAUCCAGCGGAGUAUUUGGCAUGCACUUCCGCCAACCCAGGUACAGUUUUAUGGAGGAGAGCCACCCCUAUCCAAAUAUCAAUCUCCGCUUUAAGAAAUCUGUUUUCUUUUAUCAAAACGUGUUGGUCUGCCUAGGAAGCAACAUCAGAAUAAACAAUGGCGGAGCAACUCAAGCUCAAACGACCCUUUUUCAAGACAAGCUGAUAAGUGACAGCUCGUCCAUUGAAGUUGACGAUGAGCGAAAAGAUGAUUCAACUCUUUUUGACGCCAUAACCCCAUUUUCAACUCCAAAAGGAAGUAGAAGGGGAUACACUACUCUGGUGGACACCAAAGGCAACAGCUACUACAUUCCAAGAUCAAGUGCAUCCGAUCUUAAGGUUCACGUACAAACACAAAACUCGCAAACGUCCUCAGCUAAACCAUCCAGUGGCACCUACGGUACUGCCUGGCUGGAGCACAGUACACCUGAUGGGAGUUACGAGUACGCAGUUCACAUAAAUACUCCUUCAUAUAAAGGCUCUGCUGACUAUUAUUGGAACAAACAACAAUUUCAUAAGUCACGUAAGCUAUACAGGGUUAUUAAGCAAGACAGUGAGGCUCAUGUGGUCCGAUUUGAAAGAUCUCCUGAACGUGAUCAUGUCUUGGUUCCACUAUACGGUUAUGUUUUUUUUCAAGAAACCUCAUAUCUUCCUUCCUGGGGGAUUGUCUCGGGAGUGAACAGACAGUGCAGGAUUAUGGCGGAAGAAAGUACUCAGGAGAUUUACUUAAGCAUUAGUUACCCCGACCUGAAUUUCCCUGGCUCAAAAGUCUUGCAAACCUCCGGCGAUAUUGGAGCUCGGGAGAUGUAUCAAAUAGAAAGCGGUGAGAUACAAGUUGAAGUCACCUUGGCACGCACUGUGAGCACUACUCUUCCAAAAACGCCCGUAGUGCACGGUUCUCCAACUGGCUACGUGCCAAGGGUUCACGUGGUCGAAAGAGCAAGUGGCGAGAAACCAAGCCGAGGAAACAGGCUGGUCUUCGCUAAUUUAAAGAACGGAUUCAGUGUUGAGGUGAUAUUGACGAAAAUAACUUGUGAUCAAUAA